AUGUUUACAAACAACAAACAAUUUUCAACAAGAGAUCUUCAAAAUGAAUCCAUAUGGAAAAUUAAUAGCAAUGAAGAUGAGUUUAACUUUAUUGACUUAAUCAAAGGAGUGGCACCUUUAUCAUUGGCCAAGAUUAUUAACAACUCUUCAAAAAACAAAAGUAUAACACAAAACAUUAUUUCUGUUUUCUUAAAUAAUAUUUUCCUAGAUAUAGAACAAUUUAUAUGGUCACCUCGUUGUGACCAAUUUAUUUUAGAAGAAGAACAUGCUGCUUCUGGUCAAGAUGGAGUUCUUAAAUCUAUAAUAUUAGGGGAGGAAUGGUUACAAUAUUAUUCAG